AGGGCCCCGUGGCCAAGGAGACCGCCAGAAGCUGGGGGGAGGACAAGGCUGGGCGAGGAUGGAGUCCGCGGUACGGGUGGCAGGGCUGGACCAAAGACCGAGAGGCUGGGAGCCGGGUGCAGAGUCAGGACCCACCAUGCGCGCACAGGCAAGAUGCUACAUUUCCCAUCUCAGCUCUGAUACGCAGGGGAAAGGAGGCCGUAUUAAUAAUGGUCACAGAUGGCAUGGAACGCCCCCAAGCCUGUACCAGGCGCUUCCAAGCCUCAAAGCCUUCGGUUCAACACCCCUCGAAGGAGUCACAGAUAAAAAUGACCUCUGACAGGCAGAAACCUCUUAUCGACUACCUCCAAAUGACCUGUGCUUCACGCACGGAGACACCCAUGUUACAUAAGAUUCUCUGCUGGGCUCUAAACUUUGAGGCAGGUCCUCUGGGAAAUUCUUCUCUGCAUCCCAGGACUACAGUGCCAAGCGCAGAGCUUUGCCUACAGAAGAUGCUCAAAAAGCAGCAGUUGAGUUGCAUCUUCAGACGUUGUCCAAGUGUCUGACUUUGGUCUCAGAGAGACCUGAGUUGGAAUCCCAGCUCUGGCAAUACACUUACCAGGAGCCACUGGGCCAGUUACUGAUAACCUGUGUGCCCCUGUUUUCUCCAUCUGCUAAAUGAAGCUAAUGUUUACCUCAUGGAGUGUGAAGUAAAGUGAGAUAAUAUGUAAACAUCUAAAAAAAAAAAAAAUGCCUGGCGCGUGAUAGGCAGCUAGUAAACAGGAGUUACUGGCAUUUCAAAACAGUGUUCUCAACUUGAAUACCCCUCAACCCAGAGUGGAUUUACUCUUAAAUUCUGAUAGCUCAAGAGGCACAUGCCAAAUUUGUGUCUUACAAAGAACUUCACAUCUUUCUUGCUAUUUUUCUGUCAGUUUCCAGUUAUACUUCAUUUGAGCCAAAAUAUUUCUCAUAAAGUUUUGCCCUCUGCAAGUUGCUAAAGUAUGUAGACACAGAACAUACCCUCUAAGGUAAAAACCUAGAUUUCUAACUGAGGUGAACGUUCAGAAAAUGAAGUACUUUUUCACAAAGGGAGUGAAAAGUUAGGGUAGGGAAAAGAGGUUAAUGGGAGGCAGUGCUAGCUGGGUAUGAAAAAGUAAAAAGAAUUCUGAAUAUUUCCAUCAGGGAAGAUUCUUCAGUUUAAGGUACAUUCUGAGAAAACAAAGUGGGUAUCUUGAAUGAUGUUACCAGAGGUUUGGAAUUGACAGGUAGCACCGAAUAAAGAAAAAGAAAGAAAAGGGAAAUGCUCUCAUCUAGACAGCAGAUGAGGAAGGAAAUGUAAGUGGAAGAGGAAUUUGUUGAGGAAAAUAGAAGGAAGUGAGAAAAAGGAAGAUCUGAUAUUGGUGUUCCAGACAAAGCAGCCACACAGGAAAGAUGGGAGAGGAGGCCAAUGAUGACAAGAAGCCAACAACUAAAUUUGAACUGGAGCGGGAGACAGAGCUUCGCUUUGAGGUGGAGGCGUCGCAGUCAGUUCAGUUGGAGCUGCUGGCUGGCAUGGCGGAAAUCUUCGGCACAGAGCUGACCCGAAACAAGAAGUUCACUUUUGAUGCCGGCGCCAAGGUGGCUGUCUUCACUUGGCACGGCUGUUCGCUGCAGCUCAGUGGCCGCACCGAGGUGGCUUACGUCUCCAAGGACACCCCGAUGUUGCUUUAUCUCAACACGCAUACGGCCUUGGAGCAGAUGCGGAGGCAGGCAGAGAAGGAGGAGGAGCGAGGCCCCCGGGUGAUGGUGGUGGGCCCCACCGACGUGGGCAAGUCCACCGUGUGCCGUCUGCUGCUCAACUACGCGGUGCGUUUGGGCCGCCGUCCUACGUACGUGGAGCUGGAUGUGGGCCAGGGCUCUGUGUCCAUCCCCGGCACCAUGGGGGCCCUCUACAUUGAGCGGCCGGCGGACGUGGAGGAGGGCUUCUCCAUCCAGGCCCCGCUGGUGUACCACUUCGGCUCCACCACGCCCGGCACCAACAUCAAGCUUUAUAAUAAGAUUACAUCUCGUUUAGCCGAUGUGUUCAACCAGAGGUGUGAAGUGAACCGCAGGGCCUCGGUGAGCGGAUGUGUCAUUAACACCUGUGGCUGGGUCAAGGGCUCUGGUUACCAGGCCCUGGUCCAUGCAGCCUCAGCCUUUGAGGUGGAUGUAGUAGUGGUUCUGGAUCAAGAACGGCUGUACAAUGAACUGAAGCGGGACCUGCCUCACUUCGUCCGCACGGUGCUGCUCCCCAAGUCGGGGGGUGUGGUGGAGCGCUCCAAGGACUUCCGGCGGGAGUGCCGGGAUGAGCGCAUCCGUGAGUAUUUCUAUGGAUUCCGGGGCUGUUUCUAUCCCCAUGCCUUCAACGUCAAAUUUUCCGAUGUGAAAAUCUACAAAGUCGGGGCACCCACCAUCCCAGACUCCUGCCUGCCUCUGGGCAUGUCUCAGGAAGACAAUCAGCUCAAGCUCGUGCCUGUCACCCCCGGCCGAGAUAUGGUGCACCACCUGCUGAGCGUCAGCACGGCGGAGGGCACGGAGGAGAACCUCUCUGAGACCAGCGUCGCUGGCUUCAUCGUGGUGACCAGUGUGGACCUGGAGCACCAGGUGUUCACUGUUCUCUCUCCGGCCCCCCGCCCGCUGCCCAAGAACUUCCUGCUCAUCAUGGAUAUCCGGUUCAUGGAUCUUAAGUAGACAUCAGCAGGCAGCCUUGCUGCCUGGGGCCUGGCGGCCUUCUGGCCAUCACCAAGGGCAGCCGGGCUGAGGUAUGAGACCCUCUUGUGGCCAGGCCACUCAGUAAAUGGUGGACUACCAGAAAGCAUAUGUUCUACCUCUUAAAAACAGGUGGUGAUCCCCUAACUCUUCCAAUUGUGAACCAAAAGUUUCUUAGGUCACCUAAGGUGCCACUUUGAAUGAUCUCAGUUCCAGAGAAGUCCCCUUUCUUUCACUGUGCUACCACGUGGACUCAUUUGUUACCAUUUUAUAUUCUGUAUAUACUACUUGUUAUCUCGUUUGUCUGGGAUGAAAGAGUGAAUUCGAAGGACUCCUCCCAAUAAAGUUCAUACUUGGGAAAAAAGAAAAAACUAUUUUAAUAAAUAUUUUUGCCAUAUCACA